UUCAACUCGAGCAAAGACUCGGCGGCAGGGCGGCGUGAAGGAGCGCGCGCAGUCGGCUCGGCACGAACAAGUCCUGCUCCGUCGCGGGCCGAACACGGCGAGGACGUCGCGGAGGACGGCGCCGCGACCCUCGCGAUGGUGCAGUAUCCCUGCGCCCCCCACGGCCAUCACACCUGGCCGACGACUCAGUGACCGCCACCCCCAGGAUCGCGAUGUGCCCCGUGGUGGUGCCGGCGGGGCGCGGCGCCGGCGACAUGGAGGCCGGCAAGGCGGCCAGGAGCUCCUCGUCGUCGUCGGCGUCCUUCGGGCCGCAGCGGAUCCGCCACGGCUACAUGAAGUGCAUGAGCCUGGUGCGGACGCAGUCCGGCAACAGGAUAGAACGCAUGUACUAUAGGCUGGGGCUGACCGUGGGUCGGUGGCCGCUCCUCACGUGCGUGCUGUCCUUGUUGAUGGCGGCGGUGUGCGGCUCGGGGCUGCUGCAGUGGCGCGCCGGCAUGUCCGAGGUGGACCUGUACAUGCCGCGUGGCUCCGUGGUGCACGAGGCGGCGCGCUUCGUGGAGACCAACUUCCGGGAGGACGUGCGCUACGAGAGCGUCAUCGUGGAGGCCGACGACGUCCUGGAGCCCAGCGUGCUGCGCGCGAUAGCUCAACUGGAAGAUGACAUCAAGGCGACGCGUGUCAACGACGUCGGCUGGGAGGACAUCUGCAUUAGGUACACGUCGUGGUUCCAGGAGGCCUCGGCCACGGGGGGCGCCCCGCCGGCGGCGAAGGGCGGCGGCCCCGACGGCGUCCCGGAGCUGCCCGAAGAGUUCAAGCAGACGCUGCAGGACGCCGGGCUGCUCAAGAACGACUGCGUGUACCAGAGCCUGCUCAAGCUGUGGCCGGCGGGGCUGCCCGACAACCUGACCAGGGCCGACGUGCAGCGCGUCGUCACCAAGGGCCUGCGCUCCAGUCAAAGUGUCUUGACGGACAUCUCGUCCAUCCUAGCAGGCAUGAAGACUAAUGCCAAGGGAGAAGUGGUUUCUGCAAAGGCCAUCAUUUUCAACUGGCUGCUCAAAGAGUCAAAUCUGACUGCUCCAACAUGGGAACAAGAAUUUCUUUCAAGAGUGCUGCACUCAAACAGAACCAAACCCAAGGGAGUUAAUGUGUAUGCUGUUGCAACAAGAAGCUAUAAUGAUAUGUUGGCUCAAGUUAUGGAUAACAAUAUGACAGUACUGUUUGCUGGAUUUUCCCUUAUCAUUCUCUAUGUAAUUUUCAUGCUUGGGCGUUGUAAUCUCAUUCAACAAAGGAUUUAUCUAUCUUUGUUGGGAGUCUCCAUUGUGGGCCUGACCAUCCUCACAUCUUAUGGGUUUUGCUUUUAUAUGGGCUUCUUCUUUGGCCCUGUCCAUCCUAUCCUUCCAUUUUUACUUCUUGGAAUUGGCGUGGAUGACAUGUUUGUCAUUUGUGAUUGUCUUGACCAUGUAACCAGACAGCACAGCAAUUUAGAUAUACCUGAGAGAAUAGGAAGGGCUGUGCAGACGGCAGGGAUAUCCAUAACAGUGACUUCAUUUACAGAUAUUGUAGCUUUUGCAAUUGGAAUUACAACGAAAAUGCCAUUUUUACAAUCAUUUUGUAUGUUUGCUGCAACUGGAGUGCUGUUUCUAUUUAUAUUUGAGGUAACAUUCUUUGUGGGAUGUCUCACAUUAGAUGAAUAUAGAAGUGCUGGCAAGAGGGAAGGCUGCUGCUUUAUUAAGCUCAAGGAAUGGAAGCCCAAUGCAAUGAGUCAGAAAAAUUAUGUUUAUGAUGCGUUUUCUAAAUACAUUGCACCAACUCUAAUGAAGACACCUGUAAAGGUACUAGUUAUCACAACAACCUUGUUUCUUGUUGCCAUUAAUACAUGGUGUGUACUUCAAAUAGACCAGAAAUUUGACCCCACUUGGUACCUUGAUGAAGCAUCAUACCCCAUUCAGUUCUACAAAAAAUUAAAUGAGUAUUUUCCUAAGUAUGGAAAACGUGCUGGAGUGUAUUUGACUAAUAUUAGCUAUUAUGAUGAUGCACCUAAAAUGCAUCUACUAUCACAGCAAUUAAGGAGAAAUCAGUACCUGAAUCAAGAUAACAUAAAAAUUUGGUAUGACGAUUUUGACAAAUGGCUGAAAAUCCGUAAACAUGAGGUAGAAAAUGAAGAUGAUUACAAGGGUUACCUAUCAGAAUAUCUAAUAUUUUCAAAAGACGGGCAAGAAUACCUCAAAGAUUUAAAAUUCAGUUCAUUUCCGUUUGGAGAGUACAAUAUCACGACUACUCACCUUCCGAUUCAGUAUGUAAUGCUGAAUACUACUGAGCAGCAAUUAUUAGCUAUGUCGACUGUAUUUGAUACUCUGAAUUCAUUGAACUUGACUAAAGGGCAACAUGCAGUAGCAUAUUCACCCGAUUACAUUCCAUGGUAUACUAAUAAAAUUGUAGGAGAAGAACUUCUUCGCAACUUGGGUCUAUCAAUAUUGGCAGUAGCAGUGGUAACACUACUGCUGAUUCAAGAGAUACAGAUCACUUUUUGGGUCAUCAUCUGUGUCAUUUUCACUCUGGCGGAUCUAGUAGGAUCCAUGUAUUUCUUUGGUUUAACAAUAGAAAUAUCUACAUCAAUCAUGGUGCUACUUUGCACAGGCCUGACUGUUGAUUAUGCAGCACACAUUGGAUAUGAAUUCAGUCGCAUGCCUGGAGACGGCAAUGAAAGAGCAAUGGGAGCAUUACGUCAUAUGGGUCCUGCAGUCUUCAAUGGGGGAUUCAGUACUUUCCUUGCGUUUGUCUUACUAGGCUUCAGCAGUUCCUACAUAUUCACUACCUUCUUCAAACUGUUCACAUCUGUGGUUGUGUUUGGAUGUUUCCAUGGUCUAUUCUUCCUUCCUGUUAUGCUGAGCUGGCUGGGGCCACCAAAUUAUGAAGCUUCAGUUCAUCAGAACAAUGUGGAUGACCAAGCAGUUGUGCUAAAAGACAUCACAAUUCCGAAUGGACACUGUGUAUCUAAUGUUGAUGGUGUUGAGGUCUCCCUAGUUACUGAGAACAGUAAACCAUCUGCUGAUCACCAUCCUCUGCCUCAAAAUGGCGGAAGCCAUGGUGGUGGGACUCAUGGAGAAAUUAAUCCUGAAAGUGAAGGAAUGCUUCAAGGCCAGAAGAAAGAACAAGGUAAAUGGUAAAGGUGAGAUCGAGGUCAAACUCCAAAGAAAAUGGACCUAGGCACCAAUAGCAUCUAUGUGAUAAUAGGUCAGAGUCAUAGCAAAGUCCUAGAAUACCUAAGGAACUUGGUAAACUGAUUGGCUUUAAAUAAUUUUUGAGUACAAUUUUAUUGAUUGUAUUCCUUAAUCUUUGAGAAUUAUGUCACUCCGUCCUAUAUUUUUAUUGUACAUGAAUAAGUGGGAUUAUUGAUAGUGCUGGAUUCAAGAGAAGACUUCUCACUCAUGUAGGGCUCACUUUACCUUUGUAAGUAAGAUUCAAUUUCCUAUUUGAAAGACUUCUGAAGGCACUAUAAAGAGAAAUUUAUUCAAUGGAUGUAAUAAGCUCCUCAAAUAUAACUGGUAUGUGAGGAGAUGGAAGAAUCUAUGUUCGCGCCAAUGCCUUCAAUAAUCAGAGCUCAUGUAGAUAAAUGCAAUUACUGUUGUGAAUAAUGACCUGGAUUUUAUAUGUUUUUCAUAGUGUUUUUACUCUAGAAGGGGUCAACACUAUGUUUGCCUCAAAAGUGCCAUCGCAAAAAAAAAAAAAUCCAGGCACUAAUGCAAGUGUCAGUGCACAAUUUAAAAGCAUUGCUACCUCUUUUGUCCAUUUUGUCAAGUGAGUGAGGCACAGGAAAUUUGAUUUGGUAACAUGAGACAGGCAAAGCAGGGUGUGUUGUAGCUAUAAAUACUCCUGAAACAAAUAAUUAAUUACGUAAUUACUAAGGUGCUAGGAUUGAUUGUUCCUGUUGAACCCACCAAAACAACUGUUCCUGAGCUUUUGUUAUAUGGCUGUGCUGCUGAUAAUCCUUGUGAUAUGUUUUCUUUUUUUCUUUAAAUCGUUUCUCUUAUUUUUGAAUGUUACUGAAAUACUUAAGCUGUCUGCUUGUGCCCCACUUCCUAAAUUGAGAAAAGGAAUCAAUGGUUUGAACCAAGAUCAUUAAGCGACAAAAAUAAUCUGAAAGUAAAAAAAGUUAGAUUUAAGUCAUUACUCCAAAAAACAAACACUGUUAUAGUAAGUACAAGUUUUAUCAUCCCAGUGAACAGUUUGAUUUUAAUUAUUCAAAUAUUUUAAAACGCUUUUAUGUAUUUACAAUACUACAUCACAACUAUCUUUUAUGUAGACAACAGCUCACUCAUUCAAUACCACUUGACAGAUCAAAACCAAUGCAACUCAAGUUUGGAAAUUCAACAUUUAGGGGCUCAACUGACGAUCUCUGACAUGAAUGUUAUGUGUUCUCAAUAUUUAAUAUGUACGAUAUUUUCAAUUUUUCCUUUGGAAUUAUGAUUAAGAUGAAAUGGAAACAUUGUUUGAUGGUAGAUAGUGUGGUAAUAAUAGUAUGUGUUAUGUAUUAUACAAUAUUGAAUGUGUUCUGUUCUGUCAAUGUGAAUACGAACUGCCUGCCUACCAAGAAAUAUUGAAAAGUAUAUUUUUACUACUUAUAAAUAAAGUCAUAAUAGCAGAAA